AUUUUCAGUGAUUAAUUAACAAUAUUUUGAACAAUUUGUGCAAUCAAAAAAAGAACUCAUAAAAUUUUCAUUGUUUGUGCUUCUGUAAAGAAAGAAUCCGGUCGUACAAUGAUGACAAACAGAUUUGCUUUCACCGCCCUGACCUUCUUACUCAUGUGUCUGUUGGCCAUUUCCAGCAAUGAAGCAGCUCCCAUGCCCAGGUAUCAGAGCAAUGGCGGCGGCGGAGGCUAUGGUGGUGGCUAUGGCGGCAAUGAGCUAGAGGAGGUACCCGAUGACCUUUUGAUGGAAUUGAUGACACGCUUUGGACGCACCAUAAUACGGGCACGCAACGACUUGGAGAAUUCGAAACGCACUGUGGACUUUGGUUUAGCCCGAGGCUAUUCCGGAACUCAAGAGGCGAAACAUCGCAUGGGUUUGGCUGCGGCCAAUUUUCCCGGUGGGCCCGGACGAAGGCGACGUUCUGAGACUGAUGUCUAAAUCAAACGAUAAUGAUGUCGAAACGAAUUAUGAAAAAAAAUUAUGAAAUUACCAACAUAUUUUCCAAUUUCCAAUUUCAUUUUAAAGAAAAGAAAAACAAAAAUCUUUUUUUGUCUUGAUAAAAUGAAUUUUAUGUUCCUUAAUGGUAUUUUUUCCUCAACUUGCAAUUAGUUUUAUUUUUU